AUGAGCACCAAAAGGGCACGUAGCCCCAAAGUCACGGAUUCACGGCUGGAGCUCCCAGGCGAAGCGACUUCCGCACAAGAAAAGCAGUGCCGUGCCUGUAUUGACGCCGAGGUGAAGGCCAUUCAUCAUCGAUACGAGAUGCCAGAUACAGGCAAGGCAGAACUAGAAGACACCUCCCAGGCAUGUCAAACGAAGGCCCAGACCUACCGGCCUUACAGGCGUCCAAGCUCACCGGGGCCUCCGGCCGUCAAUCUCUGGACGAAGCCGUCUCUGAUACCGCACUGGAAGUCUGUAUUUGGAUGUAAUUCCAGUGUCCACGGCGCGACUGUCAUUGUCAGGAGGCACCAGGGAGGCCAAGAAACGCAGUCUACUUUCCCAAUUGCCUGGAUCGAAAGCGGGAGGAACGCGUACGGGUGUGUCAAGCAGCUCUUCCUUCUGAAGAAGUCCAACCGCUACCUGAAAACCAUGCUAAGCAUCGGCGGGUGGACCUUGUCAGCCAACUUCCCCGUCGUGGCAAGCACGCCCACCGGCCGACUGGCAUUCGCCCAAUCCUCCGUAUCUCUGAUGAAGGACUGGGGGUUCGAUGGCAUUGAUAUAGACUGGGAGUAUCCGGCGGACAAAAAGGAGGCAGAGAACUUUAUUCUUCUACUGGCAGCAGUGCGGCAAGAGCUCAAUGCGUAUGCGUCACAGUACGCCCCAGGCCAUCACUUCCUCUUGACGAUUGCAUCGCCUGCUGGACCUACGCACUAUGAGAAGCUCGACCUCAAGACGAUCGCCGGUAUUGUAGACACGUUCUAUCUGAUGGGGUACGAUUAUUCUGGCUCAUGGAACUCCUACGCCGCCCAUCAGGCCAACCUCUACCCAAAUAGCAUGAACAAAACGACAACGCCUUUCUCUACAGACGAAGCCAUCACAGGUUACCUCAAGGCAGGCGUGCCCGCUUCUCAGAUAGCUCUUGGCAUGCCCACGUACGGUCGAGCCUUCCAGAACACUAAUGGACUAGGCAGGCCGUUCUCUGGGAUAGGCGGGGGCUCGUGGGAAAACGGCGUGUGGGACUAUAAGGCUCUUCCUCGGCCUGGGGCUACUGCCGGGUACGACGACGUGGCCAUGGCGUCAUUCAGUUACGACGUUGAGAGAAGAGAGCUCAUCUCAUACGAUACGCCGCGCUCCGUUCGGCAAAAGAUCUCCUACCUGAAAGAGAAAGGACUCGCGGGAUCCAUGUUCUGGGAAGCGAGCGGCGAUAGGGCGGAUGAAAACAGUUUGAUCUCUAUGAGUUCUGAACUCUUGGGCCCAUUCACGGGUCAGGCUCAGAAUCAACUUGACUACCCCAACAGCCAAUACGAGAAUAUCAGAGCAGGAAUGGAGUGA